AUGCCUUGGGAGGAUAACAUCCAGUACAGCAUGGCGGCUAUUAUGGCGCGAAAGAAGGCCGAGAAGCUGCAGAACGCGAGGCCGCCGUCUCCAACAAAUCGCGAUCCCGCAACGACAUCUGGCGCAGCAGAUGACGACGACCCCGACAGAGCCUAUCUACGAACAGUCACGCGCGAGACAUGCCAGCAGCUGCGGAAGAACGUCACCAAUGCCGAAGAAGUUCUCGAGCGCUUUCGAGCCGCCUGCGCCUCUGCGCUUCACUUUGACGAGUUCGACGAGACCGACGACACUAGCGAGACCGGCGAAGGCGGUUUUCCCGACGAAUACCUCCAAGACAGCAAGACGCUCCUACACAAGCUGGUACCCAAUGCCGAAGACCAGAAACGGAUCGCAGACGCUCUUUGGGACAGACUGUCGGAGAAGAAAUGGAGCACAGCAAGGCACGUACCAAUGAAGGCUCCGAACAAGAAAGAAGCGACAACACAGGACAAGCCCGCGGCUCAGGCCAAAGCCAGGUCAAACCUGAAACUCUUGGGUAAAUCUCCAUGGCAAAUGGGCAUCGUCGAGACGUAUGCGCUUUUCGGCGAUCAGUACAUGCAAUGGAGCUUUGUCAAUUGGCUGAGGCAGCUCGCGGACGCUCAGCCGAAUCUUCACACCGCAAUGACUGUUGUGUGGCAGAAUCGCUGCGAUAGGAGACAUUCCAAGUUGACUAGGAAGAGCAAUGCUUCCAAGAUAACGGAGUGGCACAACCUUGAUCUCAAGCUUGCGAUUGAUGAAUUUCUAGAAGCGAAGCGUUCGGGCGAAGAUGACUUGUCGCCAGCAGAGGGUGGAGAUGAAGACAGGCGGGAAGAAGAACCCAAUAGAGAAGAGCCCAAUGGAGAAGAGCCUUCCGGAGACGAGCCUGGCGGAGACGAGCCUCGCGAAGACGAGUCCAACGGAAACGAGCCUAGCGAAGACGAGUCCAGCGAAGACGAGUUUAGCGAAGAUAAGCCCAGCGAAGACAAGCCCAGCGAAGACAAGCCCAGCGAAGACAAGCCCAGCGAAGGCGAGCCCCGUCGAGAUGAGCCCAGUCAGGAUGACUACAGCAAGACUGGGAGCUCACGUGAUUCGAUUGGAGAGGGAGUCGACACCAGUGGGAGCCUCUCAUCUGGUGUCAGUCCCGAGCAGGCACGCAGACACCGUAUGUCCAGCAACCUCGACCUCUCUUCCUUCAAUAAUUUCAGCCAAUUCGAAGGAGGAAGUGCACAGGGGGAAGACGACGGAUUCCAGACAUCUUUCGGCGACGGUACAGAAGACGAUGAGCAGACUGUAAUGGGGCCUCCAGAUGCACAGGAUACAUUCACCGACCCCGCAUUGGACGCAAGCACAAGCGAGCCGAUAACAAGCCAUGUCCAAAAUGAUGGGCAUAAGAAUGCGGAAUUAACGACAGCGUCAAAAAACAUUCAGAAUGAUGGACAUGAGAAUACCAACUCUACGACAUCUUCGACGCAAGCUGAGCAUCACGCGCACAAUAGUACUCAGUACACAUCUUCGAGUGCUCACGAUCGCCCCGCGUCCUCUGGUCGCAGCAAGCUCGGCCCGCCUCCCGCCCGCGGCCAGCAAGCACGUGCCGCUUCUGACGACUUCCAAUUCUUUCGGCGUCUUGUACCACCUCUCAGGAACCUCAACACACCCAAAACACCGACACCUGCAUUUGCACCUGCAUUCCCACCCGCACCUGCGCCUGCCUCGAUUUCAUACACGCUCAGCACUCCAAAGACGACCACAACACCCAAGCGCGGGCUCGCCUCCCCGAAGAUGACCGCCAAACCCGCCAGCAAACGCGCGCGUCCGAGCUACGAUGAAGAUUGCGACGGCGACGAGCUUCACAUGAUGCUACCUUCGACGUUCUCUCCAGAGCAGGCGGCAACGCUGAUCAAAAUGUGGUUCUCCAUGUUCAAGACGCAAGAUCAGCUUCAAACCGAGCAAGGCCUGCUGGCGAUUCGCCAGGCAUGCACCACCCAUACCUGCCACGCCUUCAGCUUCAACCCAUCGAGCAAGGACCAGGACGACUCUGGAGGUCAGGAAUAUGGAGAAGAGAAGGACCAGUCACAUGCAGUCGAGUGGGCGCUUGCAGUUUUGGACACCAAAAACGGCCGGGCCACGGUCUUCUCUCGCUCCUCAGCGGAUGACUGGCUAUCUUACCUUCGCAAGAUCGACCCCAGUAUCGCUGAAGAGACCGAGGUCGAGACCAAGGAGUUUCCGCCGGCCAUUGAUGAGCAAAAGUACAAUGGACUCAGCACAGUGAUCGCAGUAGCUGCACUCGGAUCACAUUUCGCAUGCGGUGAGGAGGCGCCCGAACAGCUCGUCUGUGCAGUAUGGCUGCAGGCGUUGAGCUCCUGUGAAAAUGCCGUCACCUCAACCGACGGAGCAGCACCACACUUCGACUUCUUGGCUCGCUUUAAGCAGACGCAGAAGGAUGCCGAUAUUUUGCCCCACAUGUCACCGAGCCAGAUCGUCAAAUACCGCACCUCCAUCUCGUCAGAUUCAUCGUCAACUGUUCUCAAAACUCCCACCUCCUCGCCUGUCGUUGAAGAAGCGAUCGCCCAGGACUUCAAACACCUCGCACUCAGCCGUUCGAAAGUCGAGCAUAUCAAGACGUGCUUGGCUGAGAGCGAAAACAUUCGCAAGCUCAUCAGCGGCAUGUAUCACAGCGUGUCGCAACUGCGGAUCAAUACCAACGCUCCGGACAAGAUGAACGACAAGAGCGUCUCGGAUCUUCACAAGAACAUUGCGCAGCUCCAGGACACGUUGCAGAUCGUGAGUGCUGAGACGCUACGUCAACAGCUGCGGGACGAGAUCAAGACCUCUCAAGAGGCCCUCUCGCAAAUGCAAGGACAGGCAAGCCGCCAGACGCUCCAGUCUGUUCGAAAAGCCGUCAAGAAUCGACUCGGUGCAGCGAGGACGGAUUACGAAGAUGCUCUGGAGACGUGCCAGUGGGAGCUUUCCGUAUUCGCCAAGGGGAUGCACGAUAGUAUGGUGGAAGGACUUCGGAAGCUUCAAGAGUUGCAAUAA